GCGGCCUCGCAGGCGGUGUGGGGAGUCCGCGGGUACUUCGCGUCUCCGCUCUUCUUCUUCCUUCCUCUUCUCGCUCUUGGCCGCUCUGCCACAGACCUCAGGUCCGGAGACCGACGGGGCGGAGCGCCUUCCGGCCCAGGUAGGUGCUCGGAGGGUGGGUUGCGACGCGGCUCUUCACUUACCCCGUGCCCGCCUCAGUGCCUGGUAGCCCGGCCUGCCCCUCGUUCCCUGCCCCUGUAGCUCUGCUGUCACCAGCCGAGUUGGUGAGAGUGACUCGUACUUUCCCCCACUUCAGUUAUUUGUUUGAGAAGUUACUUUUUUCCUUCUUCUUCUUUUUUUUUUUUUUCCUGAUUUUUGAUCAGCAAGUGCUUGGUAAUGACUCUUUUUAGUCCCCUAACGUUGACUAAGGAAACUUUUGAGUUUAGAAGGAAAAAAAGUAUCUGAAUUUCCUCUUUUCCUACAUUUCUCUUUAGGACUUUAGAACACUUCUGAUUUUGCGAACUUACAGCAAAGUGCAGUCUGUCUGGAUGUGUGCUAUAUCAUCAGAUCUCCGUAUAACUCUGCCUACAGGACAGUGCCUUUGCCAUCCUCUGGCAGCUGUGGAGCUGUGGGAAGUCUUAACGAGGGUCACAAUAAAAAUCCGAGACAAGAGAUGGGGCAGGAGUAGGUUGGGGUAUUAGAGGUGUGCGGGGCGCUGGAGGCCGAUGACCGAGCGAGCUGUGCGUUCCACUGCAUAUGGCUUCGUGGGCAGCACUUCUUCUUUUCUUCACUCUUGGUAGUUCUGCAGUAGGUUUGCAUUCUCCUUUACAGUCUCAAAACGCGAGCAUAGAACAAGGAAAACAAGUAGAAGAACCCCACCAGUAAAGCGGCAGAUGUGCGUACAGUUUGAAGCCAUCGGAGCAUUUUUCUAGCAUUAGUUUUUCUUGGCAGGGUGAAGGCGGGUAUUGUGCCUAGGGUGUGUAACACUUUCCAAAUCUUUUCCGAACCGAGGAGAAGCACCACGAUGAAAAUGUGACCCGAUUGUUUCGGUGCGUUACGUUCUCAUCUACUGUUAAAAAAGAAAUAAAGUUGAACUUGGAAAUAACAGGCUGAGGCAGUGCGUGUAGCAUCGGGGAGACGUCAGCUGGCCUUAGGAGGGCUGUGACGGGUCUGGUGGAUUUGGAAAGCUUUCCUCCGGCCCCAGUUUGGGAUGGCUCCUUCCAAGGACGAGCAGCUUCCUUGGAACGGGACUGUUGGGCGCACUCACCUCUCGGCAGUAACCUGCUGCCUUGCUUUGGCUUGUCAGGGUUUCAGAAACCAACCGGCCUAUCAGUGGGAGGGUUUUUUCCUAGAUUUGCCUUGUUUUCAUGCAAUAAUUUCAAAAUAGUGACCGCAGCAUGACAAAAAGUGGAAGUGUUGGUUACGAUGUGCUUAAGUAAAGUUGGGAUCAGUGAACUGUGCUUAUUGAGAGAAAUAACUGAGUAACUUUUUGAGGCAGGAAUCUAGAAUGUGUUGUUGCAGUGCCCGUCUUUCCACCUGUGUCCACCUAUGUCUUUCCAACGGGCUGACCUUGCAGCUCAGAAAAAUGCCCACUGCUAGCGGCCAUUGCCUGAGCAAUGAAGGGCCAAGAGGGGAGCAGGACUGGCACUGGUGGUGAAGGAAUGUCUCUCGUCCUGACUGCUCGGCUGCUGUUCCCUGUCGGGGUUCCCAUUUCCUGGGUACGGCCCUGUAGCACGGCAGGGGCACGGCUGUAGCUCGGCCUCAGGCACUGAGUGAAGGCAGCAUUGAGACCCAGUGUAAGUGCAGCCCUUCUGUCUCCAAGGUGUGUAGUUCAUUUUCCAAGAAAAGCUUACCUUCUGACUCUUAGCAGAGAGAUUCCGAGGAUUUUAAUCGAAAGUAAACCCAACUAGUUCUUUCUCUUAGUCAAACUUACUCAGAAGUUCUGUGUUCUCAGCACAUAUACUUUAGCAUCUAUUCUGUUGCAAACUCCUUGAGUUCAUCUAGUUUUUAUAGGUAGGAUUCAAGACAGCUUUUUUGGGAAAGAGGACAGUUUGAGCCCUGAAAUCUAGAUUCAAGGUACGGUGUUAGUAAUUUCUCGCAGCUGUGAGCCAAAGGGAUCCAACUCUUUAUCCUGAAGCUGCAGCUUCUGAUCCAGAGUGGGAAAGUUUGGCUGAAAUUCUGACCUUAAAGCACAGGGAAGGUGAGUCCAAAAUUGUGAGCAUAAGCAUGGCACAACCAGUGAUUUUUAUCACAAAGCUAAAUCGCUGUGUGGAAGUAAAGGAGAAAAGGCCAUUUAUGUUACAAACAAUUCUCGAGGUGCUGAUUGCAUAGGUGACAUAGUGGCUGAUGCAUGGGGUGAGCUGCGUGAGUGCUGUGGCUGGACCCUCUGCUGCCAAGGCUCAGGAGAGGGAGGCGACUCACGGAUCCCAGAACAAACGCAGUUGUGUAGGUUGCCAGGUGCGCACAACGCGGCUCCCAGCUCCUCUUCACAGUACAGGAUUGCACUGUUCUCUUCAAAUUGGGUGCACUGACCUGAAACAAGACGUGUUCUGAGAGGCAGCGCGUCAGCUCCUCAGACAAUCAGGUGGCAAAGUUCACUGGUGAGCCUGAAAAUAUAGAGCUCAGAGCCCACCAGUGGUAGUCCUUUGGUGGCAGGACGGUGGGGCUGCCCAGUACAGGAGGCUUCCUGAUGUCACGACUGGGAAAUGCGGGACUUUGGCUGUUUGUGGGGUAAGGAGAUAACCAAGUGAGCUUCGGCAGCUGCUUCAUGCCUUGCUUUUCCUCUUUGGUAUCUCAUUAUGCUCCUUGCUUAUUGCUGGCAAAAACUGGUCUUCUGUUUCUACAAUAAAUCACUGCAAGUCUGGUGUUGCCUCACCUAUCAUUUCAUUGUUCAGUGUCCAAAAAACCCUUGUCAUAAAACAAGUGUUCAGUGGACUUAAAAAUAGGUUCAUUAGGAAUUACUGCCUUUAUGUUUCUUACAGUUGAAAUUCAACUUAAUUAAUUGGAGGGAAAAAAGCAUAAAUGCCCUGAGUGCAUAAAGAUCUUGAUGUAAUCAGCUUCUAAAACAGAAACCAUGUAAUCAAUGAAUUGCUAAAAGAUGAACUCACUUUCACUGUGACACCAGCCUAUAACUCUGGAAAUGUGGUCACUGAAAGUCAUCUCACUGAUAACAUUUUUUUAUGUGCUGAUACUUUUUUGGUAUUUUAAAAAGCUUCCUGGGGAGGCAUUUUCCUCCUGCAUUUUGUCUUCUGUGCGUGUGAUUUGAUUGAAAUUUAGCAGCUAAGUGCGGUAUGUGAUGUGUAGAAGAUAGUCUUUGAGGAGGGCUGUAGUGUGAGUGAAGAGCAGAAGAACCAUAGAGUGGCCUGGGUUGAAAAGGACCACAAUGAUCAUCUAGUUUCAACCCCCCUGCUUUGUGUAGGGUCGCCAACCACUAGACCAGGCUGCCCAGAGCCACAUCCAGACCUUAAAGCUGACUCACAUCCUUCUUAAAAGUGAUUGAAACAUCAUAUACAUAUUACUUGUCUUGAUUUCCAGUUAAUCAGUGUCAUAAUUUGUACAGAGUUCAUUUAUAAUUGAUCAUGAAAUAUUAAUUUGAGAACAUCUGUCUCCUAAUUUUAAUUCCUUUACUGAGGGCUUUUAUUUUAUAUGCCUCAAGCUUAGGGAUAGACCAAGCACUUCCUCCUUAAAGUCAUACCAACUGUGGGUUGUAAAACACCUCGUUCCAGUGAUGGCCAAUGAAACCAUCAUGCAGCAAGGACUGAAUGUAGGCAAAAAUAAAAUUGCACCUAAUGCUUAAUCCCUCCCACCACUCAGACACAUAAGAUAAUUAUUUAGGUAGCUUCAAAAGUCAGGAAACGCAAGUUCUGGGGUUGCCUCUACGCUGAGUGAGGUAAGGGUUCUGCAGAAAUGAUAGUAUGUAACUACAACCUGUGUCACUGCUGCAUGUGCACAAGGGGGCAGAGAGAAGGUGGCUGUGCACCUGGCGUGUCCCAACAGCCAAAUCCCUGCUUUCACAACCCAGUUUGUGUGGGUUUUGGAUGUGACUUCUCUGUCAGUGGGGAAACCCAGCUGUGUCUCCAUCAUGGGCCUUUGGCCUCCAGCCCUGCCGACCUCAGGAGGAUGAGAGCAAUCUGGGGCUGAAGAGCAGGGCCGUGGGAAGCGCAGAGCAUGCUGAAGCAUGCUCAGGAAACCCAGUCCUUCCUCCUUCUCCACCUCCUUUUCUUAGUCCUCCUCCUCCUGAUGUCAUCCCCAAGGCCAGGAGAGGUUGCAGAGCUGUCACCAGGCCAUCAGUGCUGAAGUCCUUGACCAUGGUAUCUGGUGGUAUUUUGGACCAGCUGUACAUACAGGAGGAGCCCAACUGCUCCUCCAAAUGUGUGCUCUACACUGAGUCCCUUGAACUCCCACCAUGGUGUGGGUGGGAGUUCAAGGGAGAAAACAAAGGCGCUUCUGUAGCCUUAAGGCUUUCUUUCUGUGAAAGGGUUUGCAGUGGACCCAAGUGGUGCUGUUUUUUUAUAGUGGGUAGUUGGGUGAGCUGAAGGAGAGGGUUUCUGCCAGCCACUGUGCAACAGGUUGCACUCUUCUCUGCUUUCUGCCAGGCCUGGGCUGUGGAUGCUGUAGCUGUUCCAAUGGAGAGGGAACACCCACCUCUUCCUUGAGAAAAAUAGGCACUUUUUUUUUUUUUGUAGUGCCAGUUACACUAUACACUACACAAGGAGAGGCAGGGGUGGUUAACAGUUUAUGUUAGAGCUGUUAUAAUAAGUUGAAAUGUGGUUUGUAGUGUUAUAACUUAAGCUAUGCUACACUGAUAUGUCCUUAACUAUGGCAGUGCUGCUCAGUGCCACCAGCACCAGUGCCAGAUCCAUCUAAAAAUAAUGGUAAAGCUGCAACAUGCAUAAGAAUGAAGGGUGGGGAGAGUCUGUAACGCUCCCCUGCUCUGAAAUAACUUGUCCUCUAUCAGUCUGUGAUGAACUUUUUAUGAUCCAAGGUGUGUCGUACUAACUUUAAAGAUGCAUCAACUCUGUUAUUACAGUUCCUUCCUCCUUGCUUUCAGGAACUGCCAUGUAAUUGCAAAGGAAACUGCAAGAUUUAAUGAAAUGCCAGGAGCCUCUAUGCCGCCUUUAGACUGCUUGUCAUGGAGUGAAACGGGGGAAACCAAAAGCAGUAGUAAUACGCACUGGAGUAUCUUAUCAAUACACAAUCAUAUGUUAUAGCAGGGUUACAUCAGUAUGUGUUACUCCACUUUGUUUUUCAAAAUCACCAGUUUUGGUGAGAUUGCAUACCUUGGUGCUGUUUCAGAAUUACAGAGUAUUACCAUGUUGAAUCAGUUGUUUAUCCUGGCAACUAAAAAAGCACUGAAUGAGUCAUAGAAGAGGGCAUACAAGUAGUCAAAACAUUCCCCCUUCCAAGUCAGAAGAAGUUUGCACACAGAAGUAAAUCUUCAGAUAUAUGAAUACUGAAAACAAAUCUAAUAAUUUAAACACUUGCCUUGUACCUUUCAUUCUAAAUCUAAACCAACAGCUGUGUUUAAAUAAAUAUAUGUAGUCCUGGUAAACUUGCAUUUGCUUUUUCACUGAAGCAGUUCACAAAGUGCUGCAAAAUACCUGCUGUAGUUACACCUUUUCUUGGGAAUGUUUAUCGACAGAGGAGAACAUGCUGGAGGAGCUGCAUCCAUAAAAUUUUUGGGGAUGUUCCCCUGCAGCAAGUUAAAAAGAAAACAGAUCCUUUCUUCCUCUGCCAGCCAGCUGGUUUUAUUGCCUGGGGAUUCAUGCGUUUUGGCGUAGAAGCAGCUCCUACUGAGCAAGGGAGAAGUCCCAUUGCUUUCAGGAUGGCUGCAGGAAUGCUCUUUCAAUUUCUCUUCUGCUCUUUACUUGUUUCUGUAUGGAGGAGGUCACAUCAGUGUUGGCUGAUGGCUUCCUUCUCCCUGCUACACCAGUGAAGGGCUGCUGCUUGCUGCGGCUGGGCUGGUGUUAUGUGAGGAGUGGAGAAGCGCAGGAGUGCAGUGGUGCUAUUGCGUGGCUUUUUGGUUCAGAGGAGUAAGCUCUGGCAGGUGGUUGUUGCCUGCACUGUGUGCAGGGACACUGUGGCUGUUUGCACAAGAAGCCUUUCCCCAUAUAGAUAUUUAGGUACGGUUUGCUAAGCUUUGCCUUCUUGCUGUGUUCUUCUCCAGCAUGUCACUGUCUCCACGAGCUUCUUCAGUCUUUAGAAGAUAAGACAGCAAAAUUACUUCCUACCUGAUGUGGUUAAUAACUUUUAUUAGUGCUUCCCUGUCUGUCUCUUUCUGUCAUUAUUAUAUAGUGUUUAUUCCAGGAACUAAGGCUAUGAACUGGCACUUCAGAAAGUUGCCUUGGUUUUGGAAGAGAAAGGCAGGAAAGGUGUCAGAAGCAUAUUGCUGAUCUGCAUGCAGGUACUCAUUAAUGAGUGAAGGAUCAAAAGGUGGGACGGUGGCCAAGAAGCAAUGGAGAAUAAAAGUUUAGAAGGUUCCCCGUCAGAUCUAAAGUUAGUGGCUCACCCAAGAGCAAAGAGUAAAGUGUGGAAGUACUUUGGGUUUGAUACCAAUGCGGAAGGAUGCAUAUUACAGUGGAAGAAAAUCUACUGCCGUAUUUGCAUGGCACAGAUCGCCUAUUCGGGAAACACGUCCAACCUUUCCUACCACCUCGAGAAAAACCACCCCGACGAAUUCUGUGAAUUUGUGAAAAGUAACACCGAGCAAAUGAGGGAGGCCUUUGCAACUGCAUUUUCAAAAAUCAAGCCAGAAUCAUCGCAGCAAGUUGUUCAAGAUAGUCUCAUCAUGAAGACUUACCAGAACUACGAAAACAAAAAGCAUCAGGAGCUGACGUCUGCAGUCAUCAGCUUGAUCUGUGAGGGCAUGUAUCCUGCUUCCAUUGUUGAUGAGCCCACUUUCAAGGCUCUCUUGAGAACGGCUGAUCCCAGGUAUGAACUUCCUAGCCGGAAGUAUUUCUGUACAAAAGCUAUUCCUGAAAAAUACAACACCAUUAGAGAGAUUGUGUUAAAAGAGCUCACUGAUGUCCUGUGGUGUGGCAUAUCCACAGACAUGUGGAGGAGUGAAAACCAGAACAGGUCAUAUGUAACUGUCGCAGUUCACUUUCUCAGCAGUAGUCAUUCCAACUGUCUGGUGGUCAACUCACGUUGCUUAAAAACGUUUGAAGUACCAGAGGAUAAUACUGCAGAGACUAUUACGCGAGUCCUUUAUGAAACAUUCAUCGAAUGGGGGAUCAAUACAAAAGUCUUCGGUGCUACCACGGACUACAGCAAAGACAUUGUGAAAGCUUGCUCUCUCCUAGAUAUUCCAGUGCAAAUGCCUUGCUUGGGGCACACUUUUAAUGCCGGAAUACAACAAGCUUUUCAGCUCCCAAAGCUCUGCAGCCUUCUUGCCAGGUGCCGAAAACUGGUGGAGUAUUUUCAGCAGUCUACGGUAGCGAUGUAUAUGCUGAGUGAGAAGCAGAAGCAGCAGAAUAUUCUACACUGCAUGCUGGUGAGCGAUCGCGUUUCCUGGUGGGGCAGCACACUCGCCAUGUUGCAGCGCCUCAAGGAGCAGCAAUUCGUCAUUGCGGCCGUCCUCGUGGAGGACAGCAACAACCACCACCUCAUGCUGGAAGCCAGCGAGUGGAAUACAAUCGAAGGGCUGGUGGAGCUGCUGCAGCCUUUCAAACAGGUCGCAGAGAUGAUGUCUGCUUCCAAGUAUCCAACAAUAAGUAUGGUGAAGCCCCUUCUCCACAUGCUUCUCAACACUACCCUGAACAUCAAAGAGAACGAUUUGAAAGAAAUCAGCAUGGCGAAGGAGGUAAUAGCUAAGGAGCUGUCAACUACCUACCAGCACACCCCGGAAAUAGACAUGUUCCUCAACGUUGCUACUUUCUUGGAUCCUCGCUACAAAAAACUGCCUUUUCUUUCAGCCUUUGAGCGGCAGCAGGUGGAAAACAGAGUGGUGGAAGAAGCAAAAAGCCUGCUGGAGAAAGUCAAAGAGAACACUUUUCGGACUGAGGAAAAAUUCUUCACUGUUUCGGAAGAGCCUCCAGUGAAAAAAAUAAUCAUCUCCUCCACUCCUCCUCCUACUAGCGUGAUCAACAACAUGCUUGCAGAGAUCUUCUGCCAGACAGGAGGUGUAGAGGACCAAGAGGAGUGGCACGCUCAGAUUGUUGAGGAAUUGAGCAACUUUAAGUCUCAAAAAGUCCUUGGGUUGAACGAAGACCCGCUAAAGUGGUGGUCUGACAGACUAGCACUGUUUCCAGUUUUACCAAAGGUUCUUCAAAAAUACUGGUGUAUUUUGGCCACAAGGGUCUUUCCCGAACGACUUUUUGGUUCUUCUGCUAAUGUUGUCAGUGCAAAGAGAAACCGGUUGGCCCCAGCUCAUGUGGACGAGCAGAUCUUUUUGUAUGAAAACACUCGGAAUGGGUCGGAGGCAGAACCGGAAGAUGAAGAUGAAGGAGAGUGGGGUUUGGAACAGGAACAGAUUUUUAAUUUAAAUGACUCGGUAAAUGUAAACAACAAUUUCUUUAAUAUCCGAGACAGUGGGUUUGUUUAACAGGACUGCUGCAGUACAUUUAAUAACAAAGAGAAAGGUAUUUGUCAUAAGUUACCAAAAAUACUUGUUUAUGCUAUGAAUGCUGUAAAUAUUGAACAGUUGUCUCAAACUUGAUUUAGCUUCCAUUGUCUGUGUUUUUCCCACUGUCUUAAAACAUGAAUGACUUGUGAUUAAACAGCACUGAAAUGAAUGAGGAAAUAAAUGCUACAAAGAUCGUGAUUUCUGACUGUGGCCCAGAUCUCAGAGAGCACUUAGGCUUGUGCUUCCCUUCCGCUUACUUCUCUGGAAGAGAAACACAUGUUUAUGUGCUUUCUAUAAUGGAAAUAUUUUUCCUGAGUUAGGACCCUAAGCAAGGGAAUUUUUAAGAUUUAUGCCUCUAAUUAUAAAUCCCAUGUGACUUAGGGUGUUAGCUUUACAUUUUGGAUUUUAAAACGUUAUUUUUAAAUUCCAUAAAUCAGAGCAGCCAGGAUUUUUAGAGUGUACUGAUGAUAAAGAAUGAAAAACGAUCAUGAGCCUGAUUUUCUUUUUCACUACCUCAUGUCUUAGGCUUGGUCUAUGCUAGAGAAGUUCAGCCGGUAUGAUUCUGUCAGUUAAGGGACUGUGCUAGUGUUUUAACUGGCAUUGUGCUGGCUGUGGUGUGGAUGCAGUUAUACUUGGAGAAUUUAUUUGACUUUCCAGUGUGGUGUAAACGGUAUAAACGCUUCCAGAAUGGUAUUGCUGUGUCCACGUUGCUCAGGUUUUACCACUGAGCUGUAGUGGCUAAAAGGCAAAGCCCUUUUUGUCCAGGCAAGCCCUGGCUAUAGUCUGUCCCGCUUUUAGAAAGUGAGUUGGGUCCAGGCGAGGUUGCUGUGCAGAUGUGGCAGCUGAUGCCAGAGGUGCAAAGCAUCAAAGGCAUCUGGCCCUAGGGAUGGAGGGAGGGGACAAAGGUUGCAGGAGGCACGCCAGAGCCAUAGGUCUAACUGUGUGUGUGUGUGUGUGUGUCAUAAAUUACUUAACCUUUUAAUUUAAACGGGGACUUUGUCCAGGGUAGCAUAGAGAAUUUUGUUGAUGAAAAAAGCAAUAUAAAAACUUUAAUAUUAUGUAAAUAUAUUUAAAAGAGGGAGACCCUCCACUUCCCCACAUGUAUUUAGUGAGUCUUUAGGAUUGCUUCUCGUUACGUUAGCACUUAAAACUUUUCUUUCUUCUCCUUUUUUUGAUUCAGUUUGUAGAGUGGAGUCGAACAUUUGAGUGCUGUUUCUGAUUAGUUGUUAUGUAUUGCAAUUGCUUCCUGUGUGUCUGUGGCCCUAAGUGUUUUCAGCCCUUUUGAGAACUUGGCAAAAAAAAAAAAAAAAAAAGAAGAAAAGAAAAGAAAAAAGAAAAAAAGCCCAGCGAGGAAAACCCUGUGUCUCUUAUGAAAUACUGCAGGACAAACACAAUCAUCUUUCGCACUUGGCACUGAGCGAGAUGAUAGCCAGGACUUCCCUGUGAGGUGUGGGAGGAGUUCUGUGGCUGUAUUUGUGUGGCAGGCCUCUUGUCCCCCGCUCACAGUCUCCUGCUAGAGCUGUGCUGGGAGGGCUGCUCUUGCCUGGUUAGCACCCGUUCCUACUGGUGCUUAAAGGAGUUGAAAAAUGCCGCUGAGACAAAUUCUGACGUUCUGUGCCCAGCUGUGAAGAGCUACCUCUGCCCUGCUGUCCCACUGUGGUCUCAAUGACCAUGCUGCCAAAGAAACACGUGUGUGGUGACUAGGGUGGCUGUGGGAGAUGCCGAUGUUGUUAAUUGGCGUUGAGUGUCUGCGAGCACGCUGAGCGCGGCCCAUCUGAAGAGAGGUGUGUGGAAGAUGGUCACACGCUGAGAAGACGGCUUGAUUUUUGUCAUCAUCGUGGCACCUGCAGACGUGUGCUUGUAGAAGGAGACUGGCCAGAAGGAACAUGUGAAAAUAUAUUCAAUUCCACCAUCAUUUAUGUCACCAAACCACGUAUUUAUGUGUUGGCUUAGUAGUUUUUACAGAUCGGAGGCCUUUAUGGCAGGAUGGGGUGGCUGGGUGUGACUGGCCAUGAUGCAAAAUGAAGUUAUGGUGUGACAGACACAUAUGCAAGGGCCACAAAGCCAAAUCAAGGAAGGGAGUGAGUUGCAGCAGCUUUCUCUUUUCUGCCCCCUCCUUCAUGUCACCCUGCAUCAUGUAAGAGUGCCUGGCUGGUUUAUUUUCAUCACUGCUAGCCACUGGGGAGCUUCAGACUGCUGGCGCAAAGUGUGCAUGGCCUGCUUUGCCAGCAUGGGGCCUGAGCACAUAGCAGGGCUUGUGGCCUGCUCCUGUGUGCGUCUGCUGAGCUGUGUGGGGCGCUGUUCCCUUCUGCCUUGUGUCCUUUAAUUUAUUUUUUUGGUAUCCAAAAUAAAACUAGUUGGGUCAAUGGAGAUGUCUCAGCAUUCUCUUAAAAAAAAAAAAAAAAAAAAAAAAAGAAAAGAAAAAGAAAAGACAAAAAAGAACAAAGCCAUUGUUAGUCCUACUCAUUGUCUGUGAGAUUUUUAUUUAAUGUUCUAAGCUUGGAAUAUUGUUAAAUAAACCAGAAAAAAAUACGUUAGUACUAGA